AUGUAUUCGAUAAAAAUAGCUUGGAAUCAAUAUUAUAAUCCAUCCGUUAUCAAUUUCCUGUUCGCAAGUUUUCUAUAUCUAUCUAUAUAUGACCGAAAAUAUAAUUCAGUUGUUGCAGCUGUCACACUUCCAUCUCGAGCACCGAUGGUAACGAAUGUUCGGCAUAAUAUUACUCGUAAUAUGCCUGAUGAACAACGUCUUUUCUAUACAUUAAUGAAUGGCUAUGAACGAGCGGUGAGACCAACCAAGAAAGCUUCGGAUGCUAUCGUUGUCAAACUAGGUAUAACAUUAACACAGAUUAUGGACAUUGAUGAACGUAAUCAAAUAAUGACAACUAACAUUUGGCUUGAUCAAGAAUGGAGAGAUGAAUUGCUAACAUGGAAUCCAUCAGAUUUCGGUGGCAUGAAGAAAAUUCGAAUACCUUGUCGAUACAUCUGGUUACCUGAUAUCGUGUUAUAUAAUUCAGCUGAUGAUUAUACACAAGGGUAUAUGCAAUCGUUAGCAAUGAUCAGUUAUGAUGGAACUGUCUUUUGGCCCCCGAUUGUGAAGUUUCGAUCGACUUGUAAAAUUGGAAUAACUUGGUUUCCAUUUGAUGAUCAAUUAUGCUUUUUAAAGUUCGGUUCAUGGACCUAUGAUUCCACACAAGUGAUUCUAACGAAUCGUUCGGAAAAUGUUGAUAUGUUAAAUUAUGUUGACAAUGGCGAAUGGAAAUUAUUAUCAUCAUGGACUAUUCUAUCUCGAUUAACAUAUCCAUGUUGUGAUGAGUCGUAUUUCGAUUUGAAAUUCUAUUUCCAUAUACGACGUCGAACAUUAUAUUAUACAUACAAUGUUAUUAUACCUUGUAUCAUGUUGUCGAUCCUCACAUGUCUAACGUUCUAUUUACCGACAGAAUCAGGUGAAAAAGUAUCUUUAGGACUAACCGUUCUUCUCGCCUUUUCGGUUUUCAUGUUAUUGAUUGCUGAAUCGAUGCCAGCGACGAGUGAAUACAUUCCUCUAAUCAGUAUUUAUUUCACAUUAGUCAUGAGCUUAACAAGUUUAUCUGUUUUACUAGCUGUUAUUAUACUUAACGUUCAUUUAUAUGGUUCAUCGUUAAAACCAGUUCCGACCCGAUUGCGGCGUAUAUUAUUUUCUCGUUUUGCACCUUUUCUUCGUGUUAAAUUGCAUCGCGGAUCGAAACUAGAUAAUCAAAAAGAUCCUCAACAAUCCACAGUUAAAAUUCCUCGACGCGCAACAACUAUUUACAAUGCGAUAUUCUUAAAUGAAAACGAUCUUGUCACUCAUGACCAACAAAAUCUUUCGCAUACAUUUCAAUCAUCAACGUUGAGUGAAAAUAAUCUACAUCCCGAUGCAUCGGCACUAUCUAACCUUCAAUCAUCACCACAAUCAUUAAAUGAAUGUAAACGACUUCUCACUGAAAUGAAUCGUUUAAUCCUUCGUCCAACUGAAACACAGGAAGAAGAUGUGAUCGUACGAGAUUGGCAAAAUGUUGCUUUGAUUCUCGAUCGUUGUCUAUUCAUUCUCUAUAUCCUAUUAACUAGUUUACUGACUAUCGGAACACUUAUAUUAGCUCCACUACUAAAAUAUGUACCCGAGGCACCGAACUAUCACCAGAUAAAUAUAACAAAGGACUAA